UCCGCCGCCAUGCCCGGCCCCCCAGCAGCGCCCCCCGGGCCGGACCCGGAGGAGCGCUACGACUUCCUCUUCAAGCUGGUGCUGAUAGGCGACGCCAGCGUGGGCAAGACGUGCCUGGUGCAGCGUUUCAAGACCGGGGCCUUCGCCGAGCGCCAGGGCAACACCAUCGGCGUGGACUUCACCAUGAAGAGCCUGGAGAUCCAGGGCAAGCGGGUCAAGUUGCAGAUCUGGGAUACAGCUGGCCAGGAAAGAUUUCGAACCAUCACGCAGAGUUAUUACCGAAGCGCCAAUGGAGCUAUCCUAGCCUAUGACAUCAGCAAAAGGGGCUCUUUCCAGUCUAUUCCUCGCUGGAUUGAGGAUGUAAGGAAGUAUGCGGGCUCCAACAUAGUACAAUUGCUAAUUGGAAACAAGUCUGACCUAAGUGACCUUCGGGAGGUUCAGCUAGAGGAGGCUCAGAGUUUGGCUGAACACUAUGAUAUCAUCUGUGCCAUAGAGACUUCUGCGAAGGACUCCAGCAAUGUGGAGGAGGCUUUUGUAAAGGUGGCAACGGAGCUCAUGAUGAGGCAUGGAGGCCCCAUGUUCAGUGAGCAAAACACAGACAGCAUCAAACUUGACAGCAAGGAUGUAGUAGAAGGAUGGGGAUGUGGCUGCUGAUACAGCUUAUGAAAUAUCUCUAAUUGUUACUGGAAUUUAGAGGGUACUCUCCUUUUUUUCUCUCUUCCUCUCUCUCUCUCUCUCUCUCUGUGUGUGUGUACACACAUACACACACCAGUAUCCACUUCCUGCAAGCACAUUGUUUUCAUAGGUUAGCCAUUAACAUUUGCAGAAUGUUUUUAAGCGAAGGGACUUUGUUAUGUGGAUCUAAAAUGCACGGCAGUUAUUCUUUCCAACAGAUUCUGUUAAGAGGAACUAGGGUCACUUGAAAGUAAGUUGCACAGAGGGAAGCCACUGGGAUUUUCUCGUAUGAACUUGAACAAGCAAUUGCUGCAUUGCAACUCCCUCUACACGGGCUCUCGUCAACGAAGAUAACGCUUCUGCUUUUAGGUCAGCGAGUCAACACUGCCUCUUUAAACUUUCGACAUUCCACCAAGAAGCAGAAACCACAGAGGGUCUCUGCCCAUGCGUUUUGAAUGCUUUUUCAUAUAGGACAAAUCAGCUGACAUUUGUCUAAAAUGAGGAACCUCCAUAGAAUUUAGGUUUUCCUAGACGUUAAAAUGCUACAUAUGGGGAGGGAGGUUGCUUAAUACUGCUGGUGCAAGCCUAGCUGGAAAGAUGUUCUCCUCUCAUGUUUUCCAGACAAAUUGAGAAGCCAGCAUGAGCAGUACUGACACAUGGUUCAUGAAUUUAUUUCCUUGAUAUCCACCUCAGAAUACUUGAUCCUAAAUACAUUUCAUUGGAUGUUAGUCCCACUGAUUUCAAUGGAACAUUCUUGGAAGUAAAUGCCUUUGAAAAUUCAUCAGGCUUACUUCCAAGUAAACAGGCUUAAGAUUGUAUGGUUAAGAAAGGUUUGUUAAUCAUUUAUUUUGUACAUUUUUAAUAGUCUCCUCAAAGUUCGUAUUGUGGACUUUAGUCCUCUGCUUCAUUAUUUCAAAAUUCACAUUCAGCACCCUUGGAAAGAAGGAGGUCUUUUGAACAUCUCUUUCCCCCUUUUCCACCUGCUUCUCUAGUCACCAGUUUCACUGAAAGUUAGUUCCAGUUGAUCAUUAAUUUUGCUGUUGGAGUAUUUUAUUUUUAUUUUUUUGGCAUAGGAUGUUAUCCUAGCUAAAGCUUCUUCCUAUUUCACUUUUAGACUAGAAGGGGAAUUAUAAAUUGAAACCUGGAUCUGCAGGUACUUUAAGACAUCAUGAGAUUUCUCUAGGCCAGUAUUGUUAAGAAGCUCCUUGUGGAUAAGGUUGUCAAAGCUACAGUUGGGUGUAGGUGAUCAUUGCGACUUUUCCUGGAAUGACGUCUCAUGAUGACGUGGAGCCCCUAAUAAAUGAUGCAGCAGUUGCUUUCUUAUGUCAGAAAUUGGUUUAAGAGCUCUCAAUUUGGGGCACAUGUUCUGAUUUUGUAAGAUAAUCCUUUUAUAUAAUAGAUCAUGCUCCUCCUGCUUCUCCACCCCACCCCCCGAAGAAAUGCCAGUGUAGUGUAGUGGCUAAAGUGUUGGACUAGGAGUCAGGAGAUCCGGGUUCUAGUCGCCAUUUGGCCAUGGAAGCCCACUGGGUGACUUUGAGCCAGUCACAGACUCUCAGUCCAACCCACCUCACAGGGUUGUUGUUUUGAGGAUAAAAUGGAGAGGAGGAAGAUUAUGUAUGCCAACUUGGGUUCCUUGGAGGAAAAAAAGUCGGGAUAUAAACGCAAUAAUAAUUUUUAAAAAAAUAAAAAAAUUCUUUAAAUUGUAGUUCCUCCUUCUACAUGAAAAAUCUUUACUUUUGACAGGAAAUCAUGAAAUAUAUUAAUGAAAAACUGCUUGACAAUUUCUGCUCAAUAGAUUUAACUUAAAGAUCCUUGCUUAUACAUUUAUGUCAGCCCAAAUUCAUGCCUGUAGUUUAGACAUGCAGAUGUUAGCAACAGAUUCCUUUUUUCAGCACCUUAAAAUUGGGAUAUGAAUAGUGAAUAGAGUGUCUGUAAGUUCCUUAAGCCAACCUUUUUAAGUGCUUAACUUGUUAUCAUAAAAGGGCCCAAUUUCAGAGCAAAGGGCUAAAUCUCUUAGAAGCAGAUCCUUGCUCCUAAAAACAAGUCCUGAAACAGGUUAUGUUAGGGAAAUGCAGGUUAAAAGGGUAUAUAAUUCAGAGUGUUGUUAUUAGGAACAUCAAUUUAUGAUGAUCUCUGUUGACGUAAGAGAGGAUCAGGAUAAGUCUGAUGUCAGCAAUCCUUUUAAAAAUAUUAGUUUUAUUAAUAAGCAAAUCAUCUUUUUAUAGAAAAUAUGGAACAUUUUAAUCUGUUUUGAUUUUUGUAACUCAUCCUGUUCCCCCCCCCAAAAAAAAGAUGGACACCCACGGGGUCCUGCGUGUUGAGAUUUUGUUUGUAAUGUCACAAUAGUGGCUUUAAUCUCAAGCAUUUAUAGAUGUAAAAAGUAAAGGCGUCUCAAUUUCAGUGAGGGGUCAUUUUUCCACAAUUAUAUCUUAUGCAGAAAUAGUGUGAGGUGUGACAGAGAGGGUUUGCUCUUAAAUAGUGCUUUAUAUGAAGAUUCUUCAGAACUGCUGAUUCUAUAUUUUAAGAGCACUGAUUGCCCAGCCGUAACUAAUCACUGUAUUUAGAGCUAUAGGAAACUCCAGUGGUUAGCUUAAGUGAACAUGGGUAUUAAACAGAAAUGUUUUACACUGUGAGUGCAAUCGUCUAGGCACUGUUGUUGCAUAAUUUCCUUUUAUUUCUGCAGGGCCUUUCCCCAUUAAAAUGAAUGGAAGCUGCGUAGCAACUGUACUCGGUUGAUUUAACCCAUCAGCUCUAGACCAGGGCCUAAACUGACGUACCUGUGCAGGAGCUUUUACAUCGGAGCUAGGUUCCAUUCAAUUCAGUGGAACGGAGGGGUGUAAGGGUCUUUUCCAGCUAGCUAUUGGAGGACCCAAUGCCAUUACAUAUUUAGGAUCACUUUGAUCUGGCAUGAUGGGGCUCCCAUGAUCUUUUUCUAGAAAAUGCACCUCUGUGGAGAACUUAGAUUAUUGUUUUCUAUAUCACAUUUCCAGGUUUUAUAUGAGCAGGAUCCUUCUGGACUUUGCUCACGGGGUUGUAGUCACAAACUCAGUUCAAAAACCUGUGGUGGGCACAUCAAAUGUUGUUUCAGGAUUAACCUGUUGCCUCAGAUCUAUGCACAUUUUAUGACAGGUGUAUUGAUAAAGCACAAAUCUUACCAAUUAGCAGUCUUUAGCAUUUUAUAUUAGGAUGUAGCCUGGGAGUGAAUGAGCGGUAUACAGUGGAGCUUUAUCCAAAUUGUGGUUCCAUAUGAGCCCUAGAUGAAUAGCACUGUUUGCUACAAGUUUAAGACUUUCUCCAGGCCAUUCAAAUAGAUAAGAUUGUACUGUAGCCCAUCAAACAUUGUAAAGAGUAGCUUUUGUUACAAUCAUUACUUUUUAAACAUAGGUAGAUUUCAGCCUAGGCUUUAGAGAUGCAAAACUAUAUUGUUUUAUCCGCACUGAGCCUUUUGACAUCCUUUGGAAUGGUUGCCUUGUUAAAGAUAUGAGCUAUUAACAGAAUCGUGCAAGAAAAUGGCCGCUGCCAAAGCCACCAGUGGACCUGCCUGUGCUUGCAUGUAUUUUAGUGGGAAAGAGCAACAAUGAGGUUGCUAUUGAGGGUCUGUGGCAGAAGGUGUGCCUAAGCAGCCUCUCAAUGGAACAGCUGAGGCCUGGCUUGCAAGACUGCUAAGAUCUGGACUUAAACCUGAUGCCUUACCAGGUGAAGGUGGUGUUAGUGGCAAUGUGGCUGCUUGUCUUGUGGUUAGGUGGAAGAGAAGGGGUAUACAUCCAGUACGCAGAGAAAAAUAUGGCAUCAUGCCGUGCUCAUGUGGCAUGCAGUGCUUGUAGCCCUGGAGAUCUCAUCGAUGGAAGCAGGCUGCAGAAUUGAUUUGUGGGCUUGUAGCCCUAGGGGCUUGGUUUGACCACGAACUUUAAAAGGGAAACUUGGCAAGGAACUGUUUAGGGACCUCUUAUCACUGGAAAAAACUUAAGCACUUUGUUUUUCUUCCAUCUUUUUUAUUAGAACGGAUAGAUAUUUCCCACAAGUGUAUUAUGUAGAAAAUCUUUUACAGCACAUUCAUCUGUCAAAGGAAACUUCCCAGUAAAAUAUAGAAAUAGUCACUCAUCUUAAAGGCUAGGAAGCAUUAAUUUAUUUUCAGCAAAGAAAUCAUAUUUCUGACCACAAUUCCUUUUCUUUCCCUCAAGACUCAGGGCUGAUUCAUGCAACCUUUACAUGUUGGAGUAUUGUGGAUUAUUUGAUGACAAAAUGAUAGUAGAGUAGUCACCUGAUUGCUUUGCCACAGGGCCAUAUCAUUAGUCAAUCCAUGUGAGUUGGCCCUCAACUGUUAUGUAUGUCGAUGAGCUGUGGAGAUUGUCUACUUUAGCUAGAUAUUAUAAAGAUAUAUUGCAAAUUGCUUGACCUAAAUCUAGUUUUUCUUAAACCUUAUUGUAAGACUGAAUUUAAUUGAUUAAUAAAGUUGUCUUGAUUAACACCCCCAGAUCAAGAAACAACACAUUUGCAUGCCAAAGACACACAAAAUAUGAGGGGGACUGGUUUGCCCAACUCGAAUCUAGUACAAAAUUUAGUCCCAUGGGUAAAUUUCAGGUGCAUCAGUAGAAGCACAUACUGAAUUCUGAUGUUGAUACUAGUUAGAUGAGCACUUGUUCUGAAAACAGUUCUUAAUUAGACUUACGAGCAAUUCAGAUGUGCCACAUUUCUUACACAGAAAGCAAAUUAUGUGGCAUAUUUUCUACGUAGGAAAUAUUGUUUAUUUCAGGGAAACGUAGCUACUUAAGCACAAAAGUACCAUUCAUAAUUGAUGGCACCGCACAUGUAUUUUAUCAUUUAAAAUUGGGUACAUCUUGCAGCAGAGUUUUUAAAAAUAAAAUAUACAUUUGUCUGUAGGAUUGGGUUCUAUCUGUCCAAAAUAAUCUAGGAGUGUAAGUGUGCAGCGAGCACAUUAAAUGAGUGAUUUCAUAACAUGUGGCCAGAGAUGAUGGAAUAAAUGUUAGAAAACUUCCUGAGUAGUUGAAAACUACCUAAACUUUUUGAAGAAUUGCUCAGUUUUGAAAAGUUCUAUUUCUAGUGGGUAGGACUCAGCCUUAAAAUAAUGUUGUUGGUAGUAAUGGUUUGCAUUUGAACAUUUUCACUGUAUGCUAUAUAUUGUAGUAAAUGUAUAAUAUCCUUUUUCCUUAAUGGUUAUAGAAUGAAAUCUAGACUUUGCUAUACAGCAAGGAGAAUACAACUAAUAAGUACUGUUGAAUUCCUCAUCUUUAUGUGGAAAGUAAUUGUCCACAUGAAUAUUACUGUUCCAAAUUGCAGAGCUUGUGGAGGUUGGUUUUUUUUAGAUAGUUGCCUUAUUAACCUGUUGACAGAGUUCAUCUUAAUGCAUAAACUAUGCAAAGAUUUGUUAAUCUAAGAUGUGUAUUUAGUACAGUGCCUUUCCUUUGUUUUUUGUGAAACAUCUGAAAUUGGGUAAUGUAAGCAUGUAGACAUGUUUGUGACACUAGCACAAUAGUAGAUUGGAUGUACGUGGAAGCAAAAAUCAACUAUCACACACACACAGUUAUGCAAUCUAAGAAAGACUUUGUACAUUACAUAGAAGUGCAGAAAGACUUCAUGCUUCUCUCUUUGCACUUCCAGUGUAAUGUUGAGAGAGGAACUUGGAUAUUCCCCAUGGGAUGGGGAGAACUGGCCCUACCUCCUUUCUGGCCCACUCACACAUUAGAAAGUGUCAAGCCUUUUAAAAAUGUCUAAAUUAAUCUCAGCUUCACUACGGAUCAAUAUUGUGAAUAAUGCCAGAUCAGGCAUCAUUUCCUUUGAAUCCUCUUUCCUUCCUUUUAAAAACUGAUUAGUAAAGCAGCAGCAAGAGCAGAAGAAAAUAUCUGCUUCCUCGCUCACAUCUCUGUCUGCUUUCCUUUCCUUUCCUUCUCCCUGCUCCACCCAGGUUUCUUUGGCCCUGCUGUGGUGAUGCCGCUGGGCUGGGCUUUCUUUCGUAGCUUUCAAAAUAAGCUGGAAGGUGACACCAUCAGAAGGAUUUGGUAGCUGCAGGAUUUUUUAAUUGGUCAGAUGGGCAGAGCUGGAAAAUCUGGAACUUGAGGCAUGAAGUAAAGUAAGGAAAUUAUGCCAAAUAUGGGUGUGGUUUACUGGCUGAUCCAUUUUCCCUGAAUCCCAAACUUGUGCACCAGGAAGUAAUUUCCAUUGAAAUCAUGGGACUUCUUUUACAUAAAUCUCUUUCAAAUCAGGGUGUCACUCUCUGUCUCACUGUACUGCAGUCCUGAAUCCCUACUAAUUUGUAUAGCUGGGAAGGAAAUUUACAGGGUAUGGUAAAUACUGAGACAAUCUGGAUUGGUUUGAUAUUAUGGUUCCAUAAAAUGAACAUAUAGUUACAUCUUAGCUGCUUUGAUUGUAUUUUGAGAAAAUAAAUUGCAUGAGUGAUUCACAUGCAUGCUCUUAAUAUGAUUGGUAUUAGUCAAAGUCCUCUUACUGUGAUAAUAAUAAUUUUGUAACAUUCAGUUUUCAGUUAAUUGUAUUGUGGGAAGCAAACUGUAGGGAAGAUUCCUCCCCCCCCCAUCCCACCCUCCCCGACUUCCCACUCUCAGUUAUAAAGCUUGGGAGAAGCUUUUGAAGACUGCCUAUUUCUCUUUAAGUUCCCAAACUUUUCAAUUUCUUGCACUAAUGAGCAAUGUGCCCUCAUCUCAGGACAGCCCCCACCCCAAAUCCACAAGAUAGACCUGCAGGGAGGACCAGGUUUCCAUGCACAGAUUUUUUUAUUAUUAUUAUUGCUGAAUCAGGAGCCACAUAGGCAGAUGGGUUCUAAAUCUGCACUGCAGUGCAGGUGAGACAUGCACCUCCAUCUGCUGCCCUACGGCCUAGGCACAUACCACUAUCCAUAGAUCAGAAACGUCUAGCAUGGGCAUUUGUUUUUAAUGCAGUCAGAGUUAUGUGACUGAAAAAUAAACAAGAGCUUCCAUGGGCAUGCACAAUGGUUUAUUUAAACAUUUGGAGAAAUCUUAGAAGGCUUCACCUUAAAAGUAAGAGGACAGAAAUUUCCCACUGGAUGUCUUAAGCACAAAAAAGAUGUUUGUUUUGUUUUUUGCUUUUAGGAGAAAAGGCUGCCUCUUGAAACUGAAAGGCAGAAGUGAAACAGACACGGGCUUCCUGUUUAGUUUUUUGUGUGUCUUUGGCAUGGGGAAAAGAUACAGAUGCACAUUGAUGUUCGUUUGUCUCGUAAGUGCAGCUCUUCCCAUGACUCAAGUGUGCGUCUGUAUUAUCAUCCCAUUGCUUUUAGUUGACUGAGGUCGUAGCCUAACACUAGAAUCCGUAGAAAACUGGGAAAAGGCUAUAGAUUGGGGCAUUCGAGUGGUGUGUGUGUGUGGUAGAAUGCAUAUCUGUGAGUGCGGUAGUGUUGGCACAGGUUGGAUCUGAUAGAGGGGAAGUUAUUUUUAGGGCAAUCUUUAGUGGUAAAUGCCACUAAAGUCUUUGGAGGUUCCUCAUGUGUACUGUGUUGUCAGUGGCAUUUCCUGCUCUGUAAUAGUGCCUCGCUUGUUGGUAUCAGGUGGUUUUAAAAAAGAAAAAAAACUCUUGUCCCAGAGACAUGCAGCUUCCACUAGCCAUAAAGGAGGCCUGGCUCACAUACUUAGUGGGGAGAAAGCUCUGAUUCAUAUUGAAUUCACUCACUUCAUUCCAAAAGGACCUAAAGGCUUGAAGAACUCCGGUGUUACUGAAGUGUUCUGCAUUUUCUAGAACAGUUCUAUUGCUUGUAAUAAUCAAGGCUUCUGGGAACAGGCACAGAGCCCAUCUUUCUGAUCACCGGCAACUAUCUUGUUUUUCCUCGCAGUGUUUACCAGAUGAGGUGGAAUGCAAGAUAACAAGGGAACAUAGCUUGCAUACGAUAGUCAGUUUUGACAUUUUACUGUCACCUAUUUAUGAAUUUAUAAGAAAAAAAGUUUAUUUUUAAAAACUAUGAAACCUACUUUUUUUGUAAAUUUUAGCAAAGUCUGUAGCAAAUACGUUGUAUUGUGUGUAAUUAAAAUGAGCAUUUGGCUAUUAAA